UUGACCCUUUGAAUUUGUGCGUAAUGCUGGUAUCAGCUUGGUGUAUGCGGAAGGUCGCCGUACAGCCGUACCCUUGCCACACCGCGGGCAACGGCAACUCCACAGACAGACAGAUAUGGAUAUCGGCGAGGAGAUGACUGCUGUGGCGGUCGUGCGUUUGCUGGCAUCCCCGGCUCAAGAUGAAGAGGGGAUCGGACAGCAGUGUUCUCGGGAGCAAUUGGUAUCUUCGCUUGAGCGGGAUCUGCAGGGGCCGCGCGUCCGAGCGACGCUGCAAGGACUCCAUGACAUGCUUGUCGACGGCGAACAAAACCACAGCACUCCUGUCGGUGAAGUCCUCGACACGGUGUCCUGGGAAGCCUUCGGGCUCGUGGUGGGGUGCCUAGAGCGGUUUGCCACCUCCGCUAGCUCUAACAACAGCGACAGCAUCACGGGUACUUUCGAGAAGUCAUCGGAUGAGGCGGAGACGCUAACAACGUCGCGCGACGCGGACGAUUGCGCCGCCCUGUCGGAGAGGUUGGCCUUGGCAAUGGCGGAGAUUUUCAGCCCGAAGGAGCUGCACCUCAUGGCGCUUGAGCACCUCCACGCCUACACCAAAGCAAGGACUUUGCGCGUGGUUCUAACAAUCCUGCGGCGCAGCACCCAACAAAUGGUAACUGCACGCCGGUGGAAGUUUUUGGAGGCUUCCUUGCGACCAGCGCUUGAAGCAACAAAACGCGUGGGUUUGGUUGCGGCUGCCGGCGACGCCCCGGCUGAACCCGGACUACCGCAAAAGUCGAGCGGGAGUGAUGCCGAUGAGGAUCCCGACGACGAUGGCACUGGAGGAGACGAAGAACCGCCGCCGCCGCCGCUGCCGACAGCGGACGAAGACAUGCCCUCGCGUGCGGCGUACGACGCGGCCGCCUCCGCCGCGGAGACCGCGGCCGAUUUCAUCGGUCCCCUGAUGGAGCAGGCAAGCGCGGAACAGGCACUGCUCGCGGUUUCGAGGGUGCCAACGGCGGGACGCGGAGAAGGCAGGCCGGCGGCGGCGGUGGUGGCAACAAGCGCCGGGGGGAGUGGCCGCGCCGUCGGGUCUGGGGAAAAGGAAGGCGUCUCGGCGUCGGAUCUGUCGCUGGCGGCGUACAUAGGCUUCGCGCUGUCGGCGUUGGAGCUCGCGGGGGAGACGUCGGUGUGCUGCACGGCGGCUGCCACCGCCGCUGCUGCCGCCACAGGCUCUGAAGACAACCCCCCGGCGAGGGAAUCGCUGGCAAGAGCCCAGGAGCGGCUGGUCGGGAUCGUCGUCGACAGCCCCCUCGACUUGCGGUUCGUUCUACUCCACGGGUACCGAGUGUCCUUCGCGAGCGGGGUCAAGCGGAGGAGGAAAAGGAGCGAGGGCGGUGGAGAAAAGGGGGAGUCGCACCUGCCGGCAGCGAAGUUAGGCGGGGCGGUUGGGCUUGGAGAGGCCGCCAUUAACGGUGCUCUGCCGUGGACGCUCCGAGGGGUUUCGACCCUCGCGUACCUCGUCGCCUGCGAGCCGAGGCUGCGCGACAAGUGGCUCCCCCUGGUGUGGUCGCGGCGGACGGAACGCCGGCUGUUUCUUCCGCACGCGGAGGCGCUGAUGCGAGACAGGUCGAAGCGUGUCGCCAACAAAGGGUUGGAGCUGGCGUGCUUCGUGGCCGAGCGCCUCGGGGGGUUUCCCGAUCGCACGGGCGCCUUUGCUUUUGACUGGGAACCCGGGGACGAAGAAAUCGACGGUGCGGGUGAUGACGGCGGCGGAGGCGGUGCUUGGAAUGGCGGGGGCCGAGAAGAGGCGCACACUCCGUACGGACACACACGCACAUCAGCACACAAUUACGAGUUUUACGGGUGCCCGGACCUCCUCUCCCACCGCUAUUUUACGAUCUUCCGCCCCCCUCCCACCCCCUUCCACCCCUUUCGGCGCGACGUGGCGGCUUGGCAGCAGCGGGAUGCCGAUGCCGGCAGCAGCACCAUCAGCGAAAACACAAAUCCUUCGUCGCGACGGAGGCUCUUCGACCCCCACCACCUUGACCUUGCAGGCUUCCUCCAGGUCUUGGUCGACGUGAUGGUGUCCUGUCCGCUACCUGGCCUCCGCACUCGCGGGCACGCCGCCCUCAUGGCGCUCCUGGGCGCCGCCGACGAGGCCUCCCGCUUCCGCGUGCUGAGGCGGCUGGUGGAGCUGUGCCCCUGGCCGAACGCGAGGGGACUCCUGCUCGACGCCUUUCGCCGGGAGAUCGACCGCGCGCUGCGGCAGUGUGGGAUUGAGGAGGAGGAGGAGGAGCAACAGCAGCAGCAGCAGCAGCAGCAGCAACAACAACAACAACAACAACAACAACAACAACAACAACAACAACAACAACAACAACAACAACAACAACAGGCUGCGCCGGCCCCACCAUCGCUGUCGUCGUCGUCCCCGUUCGCUUCCGCGCUCGCGGGCGACGUGGUGUGCGAGCAGCUCCGGAGGGCGUGCAGGAGAGGACCGCUUGCGUCGCUGAUGGCGGACAUGGACAGCCGUACCGGCGGGCUGGCGCUGGCCCGGUACGCGCACAAGCUUGAUGCCGUCGGCGGCGCACGGGGGGGUAGUGGUAGGGCGGAGGCCGGGGCGGCGUGGGGUAGGCUUGAGCUUCGCGAGCCGAAGAAGCUGCUGCAGAAUAAACUGCUCGUGCAGGGGUUGCUGGACGAGCUGCGAGGAGCUGUGAUCACGGCCGACAACGCUGGACCGGAGCACUUCCGGCUCUUCAUUCUCGAGGACGCUGCACAGCAAUGCCUUCAGGAGCUUGAGCUGGCGGCAGUAUGAUAGAACCAGAAUAGCGCGCGCGCGCGGGGGGAGGGGGGGUCGACGAGGGGUAAACGCAACAAUUCGCGUCGCCCCCACCCGCUCCUUGUUCUCCAGUAACUUCGAGCCCCCCUGCUAUGUUGAUGCCGAUCCUCCCUUCCUUUCUUCAUCGCCAGGCACCCAUCCCGUAAAGUACGCACGUAGAUAGAGUUCGUGUUCGUAGACAUACAAAAUGGCGCCGUGGUGGUGGGCAUUUGACCUCCAUAUGGGAAAGAGAAUGGGACAGCCCAUAGAACGUGCUUCAUAACAGGUUGUGCUGGUGUCCAGACUCGGCUCGCCAUUCGAUC